AUGUUGUUUCAUUUUUUUGUUCUAGCCGACCCCUUCAGGGAAUGUUACGACGGUUUAGGCGAGUCCUACCGCGGGACCAUCAACUUCACCACGUCCAGUCUGGACUGCCUCCCCUGGACCGACCCCUUCAGGGAAUGCUACGACGGUUUAGGCGAAACCUACCGGGGCACCAUCAACUUCACCACGUCGAGCCUGGACUGCCUCCCCUGGAGUUCCCCCAUGGUCAGAGCCUUCUACAGGCCCAGCGACUUCGAGCGUUACCAUCUGGAGGAGAACUUCUGCAGGAACCCGACUCCGGAGUUUGACAGGAAGCCGUACUGUUUCAUCCUCAACCCGUAUAAUGAUGACCAGCUCUCGUUCCACGACUGUCCCGUACCGAACUGCGUUCCAACGACAACACUACCGACGACCACACUGACAACGACAACAAUCACAACCACCCCGGAGACUACAACGGCGCUUCCUACAACGCUCAUGACCACAACCAUGGCCACCACACAUGUACAAACAUCACUAGAGGAGAUGGCAUCAUCCCAAGCAACGUCUGCAUCUGGGUCAUCAGGAGAUUCUAAUAAUCAAGAUUCAACAGAAGCUACAGAAUCUAACAACAACCAAGGGUUAGGUGGAUCGCCAACUGCGUCAACCGGUAACAGUGGUACAGAAGGUGGUGAUUCUACAACCACGGAAUCCACGGACGAUCACACCGCAGUUACGGACUACACCGUAGAAGGAACCUCGAACCCUUCGGAUGGUACUGGUAACGGUGGAGGUACCGGUGGAGGUACAGGCACGGGAGGAGGAAAUGGUGGAGGUACCGGUGGAGGUACAGAUAGUGGCGGUGGUAUUGUUGGAGGUGGGGGUACUGAGACCGGUGGAGGUACCGGUACCGGUGGAGGUUCAGAUGGUAGUGGGGGUACCGGUACCGGUGGAGGUACGGAUGGAGGUGGGGGUACAGAUGGUAGUGGAGGUACGGGUGGAGGUACCGGUACCGGUGGAGGUACAGAUGGUAGUGGUAAUAUCGGUGGAGGUGGGGGUACUGGAACCGAUGGAGGUACAAAUGGUAGUGGAGGCGCUGGUGGAGGUACCGGUGGAGGUACAGAUGGCAAUGGAGGUACUGGUGACAGCGGAGACAACGGUGGAGGUACAGGCGUUGGAGGUGGUGGCUCCUCUGGUGGAACUGGAGAUACAGGCGGUGGCAGCAAUGGUGGCGGUACCGGAGGCAGCGGCAAUGGUGCCGGCAUUGGUAACAGCACCGGUGCGGGUGCUGGUAACAAUACCGGUGGCAGCAAUGGUGGUACUGACGGAGGAGGAGACUCGGGCUCUGAUAACAAACCAAGCUGCCGGGACGACCAGUUUCAGUGCGUGCUAAACCUCGUGUGCAUAGCUCACUCCACUGUGUGUGACAAUUUUUACGACUGUGAGGAUUUCAGCGACGAACAAGACUGUCGUUGCGCAGCGGACCAGUUUGAAUGUAGCGACGGGAUCUGUAUCCCCGAACACUUCAUCUGCGACGAAUAUCAGGACUGUAACGACGCGGGAGACGAGGAUAUCAACUUCUGUGCACCACUUUUCCCGUCAAGAUAUCCAGACUGGGUUCCUCCUACCACCACAGCUGCGGCAACCACACGUUCCUCAUCCGGUAAUUACGGGCCCAACACAGGCGGGCCGUACGGAAACGGCACGUAUCCCAACCGUAACGGUACCUACCCACCCGGAUACGGGAAUGGAACGUACCCUGGUCAGUCUGGAAACGGUAGUGACCAGUACGGUAACAGCACGUACCCACAUGGAGGAGGUGGGCCGUGUAGAAAUGGCUCGUAUCCAUGUGGUAACAGCUCUUAUGUUAAUGGUACGUAUACGCCUGGAGGGGACGGUUCGUACCCAGAUGGGCCAUACGGAAACGGGACGUAUCCUGAAGAUGGCGGCCCGUACGGAAACGGUACGUACCCAGCUUGGUGGAGUCCGAACGGUGGCCCGUACGGAAAUGGUACGUAUCCGGAUUGGUGGAGUCCGAACGGAGGCCCGUACGGAAACGGCACAUAUCCGGAUUGGUGGAGUCCGAACGGAGGCCCGUAUGGCAACGGUACAUAUCCGGAUUGGUGGACUUCGACUAGCGGCCCGUAUGGUAACGGUACAUAUCCACCUUGGUGGAGUCCGAACGGAGGCCCGUACGGAAACGGCACAUAUCCGGAUUGGUGGAGGCCGGACGGUGGACCGUACGGAAACGGUACAUAUCCGGAUUGGUGGAGUCCGAAUGGAGGCCCGUAUGGCAACGGCACAUAUCCGGAUUGGUGGAGUCCGGACGGUGGACCGUACGGAAACGGUACAUAUCCUCCCUGGUGGCGCCCUGAAUCCGGGACUGGUGGAGACCCUUAUGCCAACGGUGAAUGGCUGACAAUGGACCCCUCAUGGGUUGUUGACUCCACCGGCACACCGCACGUCGACAGCAACGGGGUAACAUACGACGCAGGGAAAGUGUUGGAUGGGAACAGUACAACGUAUUGGAACCCACAAGGUAACAACAAUGACAACUCCAGCGGCUGGUACAUAGUCCUGGACCUCACCCAGGUACAAACUCUGACCGGUAUUUCAGUCAACAACUACGGCGACACCACCCACGACAUCGCCGCCUUCACGCUGCAGAUGUCGCAGGGCGGGAGCCCGUACAGCUGGGAGGACGUGGUGUCUGUUGAUGACGUACUGAACGGGACGAGUGAGACGCAGGAGUUCGGCGGUUUUGAGGCCACGGCUCGGUACUGGAGGUUCGUGGUCACGGAGACUUACGGGGGAGGGCAGCCUUUCCUCACGGAAAUGAACUUCUUCGCAAUCACAACAGGGAAUGACUCGAUCCCAGGAACCGGUGGACCAUACGGUAACGGAACGUAUCCAUCUUGGUGGAGGCCGGACGGUGGACCGUAUGGCAACGGUACAUAUCCGGAUUGGUGGACUUCGACUAGUGGCCCGUACGGAAACGGUACAUAUCCAUCUUGGUGGAGUCCCAACGGUGGCCCGUAUGGCAACGGUACAUAUCCGGAUUGGUGGACUUCGACUAGUGGCCCGUACGGAAACGGUACGUACCCAGCUUGGUGGAGUCCCGACGGUGGCCCGUAUGGCAACGGUACAUAUCCGGAUUGGUGGAGGCCGAAUGGAGGCCCGUAUGGUAACGGAACAUAUCCGGAUUGGUGGACUUCGACUAGUGGUCCUUACGGAAACGGUACAUAUCCAGAUUGGUGGAGUCCGGACGGUGGCCCGUACGGAAACGGUACGUACCCAACUUGGUGGAGUCCGAACGGUGGCCCGUACGGGAACGGUUCUUAUCCGGAUUGGUGGAGACCGAAUGGCGGCCCGUACGGAAACGGUACGUAUCCAGUUUGGUGGACCCCGAAUGGAGGCCCGUACGGAAACGGUACGUAUCCGGAUUGGUGGAGUCCAAACGGUGGCCCGUACGGAAACGGUACAUACCCACCUUGGUGGAGUCCCAACGGCGGCCCGUACGGAAACGGUACGUAUCCAUCUUGGUGGAGUCCCAACGGUGGCCCGUACGGAAACGGUACGUAUCCAUCUUGGUGGACUCCGAAUGGCGGCCCGUACGGCAACGGUACGUAUCCACCUGGAUGGAAACCUGGAUCUGGUAACGGUGACACUGGGACAGACGGUUCUUCAAGUGUUGAAGAAUUAUGGAAAAGGUUCAAUCUAACAUACACACUGAAUCUGACGAAAACCCCAUGCCCACCCUUCAAAUUCCGACAGUAUCUCGUUGGGGGGACAUCGUCGCUAAGUUACAGUCAGAGUCUCCCGUUGACAGUUUUGUACUGUGUUUAUGUCAUGAUAACACAGUUUUUGGAUUCAGGGCUCUCUCUGACUAUCUCAAGAGUCUACGAUCCUUUGUAACAGACUCUCGAAAGAUGUAGUGCAUUGCAAAGUCUUUCUUCGGAUCAGGACUUGUUUUGGGCAAGAAUCGUCCCUUGUGAAAGUAGCCCGGCGGCUUUUAAAUUUGAUAUCUGGAAGUGAUAUCGAUCCGAUUUAGCUCAACGAAGACCUUCUCUUCCACUGGUCGCAACAGAGAACUGAAAGAUGCUGUGUACAAUAUUUAGAGAUUCAUUGUACCAGAGGAAAUUCCACUAGCUUUUUCCGACAUGGACAAUGGAACAGUGGACCACGGCUUAACGUCCCGUCCUAAAACGGCAACCCUUUCCGGUAACGUGUUUGUCGGGUGAGCGACACAGCCGGAAUCGAACUCACGGCUUCUA